AUGUUCCAAAAUUUCAGCCCAAAUUUUCAAGUGGAAACAUGUGUAUCAUGGUCUGAUAGUCCAUCACAACAAAUUGAUCUCGGCUUCAAUAUUUUCUUCCUUAUUUAUUUCUUUAUAAGAUUUAUUGCUGCUUCCGACAAAGUAUGGUUUUUAUUAGAAGUUUACAGUUUUAUCGAUUAUUUCACAAUACCACCAAGCUUUGUUGCCAUAUAUUUGGAAAGAAAUUGGCUAGGCUUACGUUUCUUACGUGCAUUACGAUUAAUGACCGUGCCAGAUAUUUUGCAAUACUUAAAUGUGCUGAAAACAUCAUCAUCAAUACGUCUCACUCAACUUCUUUCAAUCUUUAUAUCUGUUUGUUUAACAGGAGCUGGAUUUGUUCAUGUUCUUGAAAAUAGUGGUGAUCCGUUCAAAAAUUUUGCUAAUACACAUCGAAUAACUUAUUGGGAUUGUGUUUAUUUCUUGCUGGUUACAAUGUCCACUGUUGGUUACGGUGAUAUCUACUGUACAACAUUUUUGGGAAGACUGUUCAUGGUAUUCUUCAUUCUUGGUGGAUUGGCAAUGUUUGCUAGUUAUAUACCGGAAAUAGCGGAUUUAAUUGGAUCAAGGCAAAAAUACGGAGGUGAAUAUAAAGGCGAGCACGGCAAAAAACAUAUUGUGGUUUGUGGUUAUAUAACUUAUGAAUCAGUUAGUCAUUUUCUGCAAGAUUUCCUUCACGAAGAUCGAGAAGAUGUUGACGUUGAAGUGGUAUUCUUGCACAGAGUACCACCGGAUCUUGAAUUGGAAGGUCUUUUCAAACGACAUUUUACGAAGGUUGAAUUUUUCAGUGGAACGGUUAUGGAUUCCAUCGAUCUUUCUCGUGUGAAAGUUGAUGAAGCAGAUGCAUGCUUAGUGCUUGCUAACAAAUACAGCAGUGAUCCAGAUGCAGAAGAUGCUGCAAAUAUUAUGCGUGUUAUUUCCAUUAAAAAUUAUAGCUCCGAUAUACGCGUUAUUGUACAAUUGAUGCAAUAUCAUAAUAAGGCUUAUUUAUUAAACAUCCCUUCAUGGGAUUGGCGUCGUGGUGAUGAUGUUAUUUGUUUAGCCGAACUAAAGCUUGGAUUUAUUGCUCAGUCAUGUCUUGCACCUGGCUUUUCAACGAUGAUGGCUAAUUUAUUUGCGAUGCGUUCUUUCAAAACGUCACCACAUACUCCACCAUGGCUGAAUGAUUACUUACGUGGUGCUGGUAUGGAAAUGUACACCGAGUCAUUGUCCUAUUCAUGUGUUGGUAUGACUUUCACGGAGGCUGCCGAUAACGAGAAAUAUUUUCUCCUGAUGUAUGAGAACCCAUUGAUUGAUAAAUUUCAGUCCCGCAAUACUCCGGACUGGUUAAAUUUGUACCUGUGUGGUGCAGGCAUGGAAAUGUAUACAGAUACAUUAUCACACGGUUUCGUAGGGAUGACGUUUCCGGAUGCAGCUGAUUUGCUUUUCACUCGUUUGGGCCUACUAUUGUUAGCAAUCGAAAUGAAAGAUGAUGAGAAGAAAGAAUGCAAUAUUGCAAUUAAUCCAGCUCCAACAACAACAAUUCAACCGCAAACACAAGGCUUCUUUAUAGCUCAAUCAGCUGAUGAAGUCAAGCGAGCAUUUUAUUGGUGUAAGCAAUGCCACGAAGAUAUUAUGGAUAUAUCGCUCAUCAAAAAAUGCAAAUGUCGAAAUU